AUGGCCAUCACGGCUGUCCAUUCACGCCUCCAGCGUGUCACGCUCUCCCUUUUGGUGUUUCUAGCGCUUGGUACGGCGGUGCUCCCUGCUGUACUUGCCGCUAACAGCAAUAGCGACAGCGGUAGCAGCGGUAGUGAUGACGACGAUAGCGUGCCGAGUCUGUCCGAAAUGGACACUUACGACGGUCUGGCUAUUGCCUUCAUGGUGAUUGGACUGGCCGUGUCGUCCGCUGGUGGCGUGGGCGGCGGUGUCAUUAUGGUCCCAGCCAUGGUACUCAUCAUGGGCUUCGAUAUCAAGCGUGCCACUCCCAUUUCUAACGUUGCCAUCCUUGGUGGUGCGGUCGCCAAUGCGUGGUUUAACAUGCGCAAGCGCCACCCGAACGUGAAUCGACCACUAAUCGACCCGGAACUGGCCUUGGGUAUGAUCCCCGUCGUGAUCGGUGGUACGGUCUUGGGCGCCUUGAUCAACAAGCUCAUUCCGAGCUACGUGCUGUCGCUACUGUUCGUGGUGGUACUCCUCGUUGGCGGGUCGCGCACGAUGAAGAAGGGCAUCCGUCUCCACAAGAAGGAGGUUGCAAAGAGGAGGGAGGCAGAGGCCGCUACCAGCGAGGUGACGGCCGAUAUCCCUGUUAGCCCUGGUGCCUACGUGCAGGUUAGCACGCCUCAGAUAACCGGCAACGACGAAAAGCGCUUGAGCCUGUCGGUGACUGGCGGCGAUGCUGCUCCGGUGAAAUCUGCAGCAGGCGAUCACGCAGGUUCUGACUCACUAGUUCAGAUUCUAGAGAAAGAACGGCAUUUCGCCUGGGGUCCACACGUCGCCAUUAUGGUCUGUUACCUCGGUGUUGUGGCCGCCAGUAUUGGAGACGCUUCCGUGGACUGCGGAGGUGUUGCCUACUGGGUAAUCUUGCUAAUUGAGAUCCCGUGGGUCGCUGUAUUUGUCGUCCUCACGUCACACUACCUCCACAAGGUGUAUCUCCGCAAGACUGCGGCGAAUUACCAAUACGUGGACGGAGACAUUAAAUGGACGAAGAAGAUGGUGGUGUACUUCCCUUUGGGCUGUGCUGUCGCCGGUAUCGUCGCAGGUAUGUUUGGCGUUGGUGGAGGUAUCAUUACGGGUCCCAUUAUGAUCGAACUGGGUAUCGUGCCAGAGGUCGCUUCCUCCACUACGGCGUUGAUGAUUCUGUAUUCAUCAGCUGCCGCUACAGCCAAGUUUGCUGUAUUCAAAAUGGUCGCAUGGGACUGGGCAUUGUUCCUGUGCGCGGUGGCAUUCGUGGUCACUUCAGCCUCGCAAGUUGUGAUCCUUGGCUUCGUUCGCCGCACUGGACGACAGUCCAUUAUCGUGUUGUGCAUCGCUACGGCCGUGCUCAUCGGAGGUGUCAUUAUGACGUAUCAGGCCAUUAAGAUCACCGUCGAAGAUGCUGGUGACCACUUCUCGGCGGAUAUUUGCAGCUAGUAGGUGUAUUGGCACCAGAUACGCUACCUGUGGAUACCUCGCAAAAACUCGAGUGCAUAAUAAAGAAAACCUCGACUUUUGUUU